UAGGAUGAUCGGUGCACGCUAAGGCAACAUUCCCUCUUGUCUCCCCGAGAAUGCGAAUCUACUUGCUUCUGGCGGUGGCGCUGGCGGUGGUCUGCUCCGUAGCAGCCCAAGGCCGUGUGUUGGCGUUGCCGGAAAUAGAACUAUGUGAUAAUCGCCCAAAGCAGUGGAAGUUCCGCAACCACUAUUAUUUCUUCUCGUGGGACCAGGAUGGCCCAGACUUCAAGGAAGUAAAUCCUAAAACAGGACAACUAGAAGGUAGCAAGGUUGACUGGCUGGAAGCUCGCAACUUGUGCCGUAAGCGAUGCAUGGACGCUGUCGGCAUGGAGAGCGAAGAGGAGAACAACAUGAUUUUCGACUUUAUCAAAAGACGCAACAUCACGUACAUCUGGACGUCUGGCCGCCUCUGUGACUUCAAGGGGUGCGAUGAGCGCGAGGACCUGAAGCCCAUCAGUGUCAAGGGAUGGUUCUUCUCCAACACCAACACUAAGAUGGCCUCGACCAACGCAUCGCCACCAGGCUGGAAGUACCAGCCAUGGAGCGACAAGGGCCACACCGGUGGACCGCAGCCAGACAACGCUGAGUUCGAUAUCAACCAGACAUCGGAGUCUUGUCUCGGCGUACUCAACAAUCUGUACAAUGACGGCAUCAAAUGGCACGACAUUGCCUGCUACCACAAGAAGCCCUUCAUUUGUGAGGACAGUGAUGAACUACUUCGGUACAUCGAGGGACAAAAGCAGCAACUGCUACAACAAAACCGCCCAGGGAACCAGGGACAGGGAAACCGGGGACAAGGAAACCGAGGACAGGGGAAUAACGGCAACGCCAACCAGCGCGCACGAGCACAUUUUGGUUAAGUUUUCACCACAACCCUUGAAACUUUUCCAUUCUCCCUUGUGCAAAACUUUGUUAGUUAAGUUUACCACACUGUCCAUCUUUGAAGACUGAUACAACCCCAUCAACACAGCCAUACAACCGGCAAGGCCAUGAACAUCUUAGUGGCGGCCUUGUUCCAGUCUUCUGCUUAUUUAUUGUUAAUACGACGCACUAGCGCCGUAUGUGGCUGCUGCUCACAGUAAACACGGCACUCAGCCCGUUAUUUAUUGUAACACCACGAUAAUUGUGCUGUUUUCAUUAAUAAAACGCGAUUGUUA